ACCCUCCAUCCGCCUCUCGAAACCACGAUCACCACACCUCAGCGUUCCUCGUCCAUGAAGCCCUAGAACACCCGCCCCCGGCGGCGAUGGGCCUCGCGGACGCGGCGCGCGCGCGGCUGCUGGGCGCGCUGCGGCCGUGGCUGGCGGCGGACCCGGGGGAGCUGCGGGUGGACCUGGGCCCGCUCCGCUGCCGCGCCGUCGCGCGCGGGCUCGACCUCGGCGCCGCCGCGCUCUCCGCGCCGGGCCCCUCCUCCUUCCCCGCCACCGUCGACCGGGCGGCCGUCGCCGAGGUCGAGCUCGCCGCCUCGCCCUGGGCCGCCCCCGCGCUCAACGCCGUCCUACGCGGCGUCCACGUCUCCCUCACCCUCAGGGAGCCCGCGCCACGGAGGCAGCGGCCGGACAUCAAGGAAUGGAUCUCCAAGGAGAAGAAGCGGGUGAUUGCAUCAAUGGACCCUCAGGGUGAAAUGUUGCAUGAGAUGAUUGAAGGCAUAGUUAGAUCCCUGGAAGAUAAGGUUACAUCGGUAUUUUCCAGUGCACUUCUGAACUGUAGUCAGGUGCGGAUUGAUGAUAUCACAAUACAAGUACGAUAUCUUGAUGACUCCCAUGUUUUGGUAUUGAGGGCAACCGACUUACAGUUUGGCCCUGAGCUUGUUUCUCGCAGUUCUCUGUUCAGAGGAUUAGUUGGGUCUUCUAUAUCAUCUAGAAAGAAGAAUCACCUUCUUGUUAAAUGUGAUGAUUUUGAGUUUAUGCUGAAGGAGAAUGAUCGUACAGAUGGCACUGCAUCUUUCACCGGCUUGUCUGCUUGUGUUAAUUUGAAUAAUCUCCAACCUGCUGAUUUUAGCAUCCAUGUUCCUAAUGCAUGCUGCAAAAUUUCACCAAAAGCUAUUACUUCACUGAUGGUAGUAUUGGAUAUUACGAGCCAAAAGGAAGACUACGGGAUUAGGAGUGGUCGAGAGCUCUGGAAAAUUGCUGCGCAAAAGCUUGACAGCUCAAUAGUGGGCCAAAGAUUUUCUUUAAGCAAGGCCUUAAGAUGUGCUACUUUCUGGCAGUCCUAUGUUCAUGCUUAUGUGUUGUUGCUAUCAUUAGUCGGAUAUCCCUCUGACAAGGUAAUAAAGGAGAACUGCAGUAGGGUAUCAAGAAACAGGAAAGUGUUGGAAGCUAUCAGAGAUCACUGGGUAAAUGUGCUUGAGUUGGAGGAGAAAAUUCCUGUUGAAGCUAUCGCUAGAGCACGUCGUGUUGCACGUUCAAAACUUAUCAUGUCACAGCAGCAGAACAAGCAAGAAUCAUCAAAAACAUUUCUGGUUUGUUCUAUGAUGAAAAUUCUAUCUCCUAUUUUAUGUUUAUGGAGGUUUCUUGUAUUCAUAUUCUGGUCAGUGUGGAGAACUAGGGAUUCUGGAAAUAAAGCACCUAGAUCCAGCGGAAAUAAUUUUCCUAGCGUUUCUUAUGAUUCAGACAUGGAGUUUCAGUUCAGUGUCCACCUUGGGGAACUCUCCGUGAUCUUGUUACCUAUUGCUGAUCACUUCACCAGUAUAAAAAGGUUGACCAAUGGAAGGAGGAGUUAUCGCGUCAAUUUACCUUCGAUGCAUCUUGUAAUGAAAUCAUCAUGCUUACUUUACUCAGCUGGUUGCACCACACAGUCGUUGUUUUUUGUUGUUGGGGAACUGAAGACUUUCCUCGCUGGUGUCCCAAAGUUGGUACGAGCGGAUAAUAGCAACAAACCUAGUAGGAAUUCAUCUUUUAAAACAUCAGAGUUUGCUGAAGACACUGAUUCUAAGAUGAUCCUCUGGAGUGAUCCUGCCAGUAUGCACCCAUUUUCCAAAAACCAAGCUGAUGAAUUUUCCCACAGUGAUGAUUCUACCACUGCUGUUCUAGGGAGUGGUAUGGAGGAACUAUGGAGGGAAUGGAUGGUAAUUAGCACUGUAUACAAUAAAUCUGGUGUGAUGCAUCAUGAAAAGCCUUCUGUUAUUUUUGAACUUAAAUCAUAUGUCAUCGAUCCUUACAAAAGUGCGAGUGGGUUUCAGCAAUGUAGAUUCACAGUCGGGAAACUAAACCUAGAUUUGGAUUAUGAGUGUGCUUCAUCAACUUAUAUGCUGCAUAGACAGUUCAUACACUACAAACAGCUGAAAGAGCUAAACGGAAAGUUACCAGACCUUUCGAACAGUACUGGUGCUGGUGUAACUCCUACAAGUGGAUUAGGUGAUACAUUGAGAUCAUUGACUCAGAGAAUGAAAAUUGUGAUGUCGGAUGCUAUUCCGGAAAAUACCCUUCAUAUUGCAGCACUGCUCGCCGGUCCCAGUAUCCGGAUAUCCUUUGACAAAAAUAAUUUGUUACAAAAUUGCAAAAGUAAGUUUGUGCCCCUGUUUUCUCAGAUGAAUGACAAGUCCUGCAUAGUUCUCAGUCUGGCAUAUGUGGAAUGUGCUAUGUGGCCAGCAUCUCUGUCUACUCCCCUGAGAUCUAAUUCAUAUGUCAAAGAAACACAUAAUACAUUUUGUGAGAAGGCAGUGCAAGAACCUGCCUAUCUUGCAGCGGAAAGUAGUGCAAGGCAUUUUUAUUCAGGGAAUAUUGUGUUGGAUGCUUACUUCAAAUUGGCUGGCUUCUCUCUUCUGAUAGAUAAUAUAGAAGCCAAUCAGCAGUGUCAUGUUUUUGGACCGAUGUCGGCCAAUUUCCAGCUAUCAACAGACAGGAAGUAUGUUUAUUCCUUCUUUGUGGCUAGAAAUGUUCUGUCAAUGAACUUAGGUGGAGGAAUUGCUGGCUGUAUAGCUUUGUUCUACAUGGACGAACUGUUUACAGUUUGCCAGCUUGUUGAAAGCAUGCAGUUGGUGGCAUUGAAUUCUGACUUGGUUAAUGUUAAGUAUUCUGAAGAUUUUAUUGGAAGGCUAGUAUCGUUUUGCAAUAAAAAUACUACGGGGAGCACAAGAGAUCUUGGUGUUGAUAUUAUUUCCCAGGAAGCACCAUUCGACUCUCAUACAGAACUCGUGGUCGAAGUGGAACUUGAAUUGGAAUCAACAUGCAUCAUCUUUAGUGCUUCCCGUGGUGGACUUUUCCCAAAUCCUGCGGCCUUUGUCAACAAUAUCAUAACCUACAUCAGUGGCUCACCCAUAUUUGAGGGCAUAUCAACACAGGAAUUGCUUGAAAUGUUAGCUUUGGGUGUUGGGUUCUGCAUCAGAAGUUCUUCUCUGAAACUUCUGCUUGGCGGACAAAGUGCAGACAUCCAUGUUAGUAUCUCUGGAAUUCAGUCUUUGAUAAUUGAGAACGAACUUGAAUGCACAACGGCACUUGAUGGUUUACCAUAUAACAAGAACCAGUUGAUUAUAACAGAAUGCAUCUUUCAUGUGUGUAUUGAUCCCACUAAAGACAGGUUGACCAAUGAGGAAAUAGAAAAUGAAUCUAGAAGUGGUCGCAUUUCUGAUUCUUGGGGAAUUUGCUAUUCUAUUGAAAUUGAAUUUACUGAGAUUUAUAUUGGAGACCGCAGAAUUCAUAAGUAUUUAACUGAAGUAAAUCAGCCCAGCAAACAGAAGAUCUCUCUGGUGAUCCAUGAUAAUCUAAAGAUUUUCAAAUGCAAAAUCCAGGGUGGCUUGAUAUUUCUUGAAACAAUGCUCUUAGCUAAGUUAGUUUCCUGCUGCAAAUUUUACUUCUGGUUGCUUAUGGAUCUCCCAUUGUGUGCAACUUCAAAUAUAGCCGAAGAUUCAGUAACUGCAGUCUCUACAAGAAGUGACCCUAAUGUGAGGAACACCUAUACAGAAGGGGAAGUAUCACCUGUGUCUGUAGUUUUUCAUUCACAAAGUGAGGAAUCCCAGUUGAGUGCUGUCAAAUGUCUAGAUAUUGAUUUAUCUCGGAUUUCUCUUACAUUUGCUGUGGUGGAUGAAUCUGGUAUAUAUCAGGGAUUAACUCUUGAGGUUGAUGCAAGCCUUCAACUACUGAAUUUUGGCAUGAAGAUGUUUUUUGAAGUGAAGCAUCUUUCAGUCUCCACUAUUAGUAGUAUGCCCAAGACUACCCGUGAGCAAUAUAGAGAUGUGCCAGCACCCCGUUUUCGGUCCAGCAAGUCUAUUGCUCUUACAUCUCAGUCUGAAAUUCAAGAAUAUCUUCCAUCCAACGGAGUGGAUAAUGCUACCCGUGAUCGUGAUGCUCCUCCAAGUUCAACUUCUUCCGUGGAAGGUUCAACGGGCAACACAUCAAUUGAAUUUUCUUCACAUAAGAGUUUUAUCCUCAGCCAUUUCUCUACUUCUCUUAAGAUCGAGAAGAAAGAAUUGGAUGGAGAUUCUAAUUUGAUGUGUUUAAGUGGUGAUUGGUUUGGAAAGGGUUUUGUUUCUGGUUUGGAGGUGGCAAUCUCAUUAUCAAGCAUUGAGAUGAUCUCUUCAUUACUUGCUCCUUUUCAAGGAAUGCUGAGUUCUACCUCAUCUCAGAAGGAAAUAGAGAUUGGUGACACUGUUCAACAAGAGCAGCUGGAUAAUAUUGAUUAUACUAUACCUGAUGGAGCAAUUGUGGCUAUACGAGAUCUUGAUCAACAGAUGUAUGUAUCAGUCAAAAAAACUGGAAUAGAAUAUGAAGUGGUCGGUGCAUACCAUUAUUCCCUUGCUGGUGAACACGCAUUAUUUAGGGUGAAACACCAUAAGACAUGGAGAUCAGACACACCAUAUAUUUCUCUUUUAUCUUUACAUGCAAAAGUUGAUGAAGGCAAAGAACUGGCCCUUAGUUUCUCUCAAGGAUCAGAUUUGGUUGAAGUUUCUUCAUUUGUUGACAAACCUUGUUCACUGUGGAACACAUCUCCUCUCGGGUUUGAUAGUUUUGAGGAUGACGACGAUGAUGUCAAAUCUUGCAAGGUUAUCUCAAGUAGUUCUUACCACCUUGUGAACAAGAAAAACAACUAUGGCAUUGCAUUUGUGGAUGGGCUACUGGAAUUUGUUAAAAAGCCAGGAAAUCCAUUUAAGGUGAAGGUUUUAGAUGAAUCCCUAUUCUCGGAUGUUGCAAGGCUCAUUGUUCCCAAUACGAACUUGGAUGGUAACUCUUAUCUAGAUCUGGAAGAUGAGUUGCCUUCUGCUCUAAUGGAUAGGUUGGAAGCUGGUGCAAGUUCACAGCAUAUAACCAUGAGUAUUGAUAAGAUAAGUUUUACCAUUACCCAUGAAGUGUUUGAUACUGGUGAUGUUUUUCCACUUGUCCAAAACUGCAUAAGUGAUAUCCGUGUUGUUACACAAAUAUACCCAUCCAAGACCAGGAUUCUAAGUUCAUUCAAAGUUUCAGGGCAGUACUAUGAUGCACGCAAAGAUAUGUGGGAGAACCUAAUAUCACCUAUCACCUCCUAUGUGUUCUUCCGAUUUAGAUUUUCCAACGAAGAUCCAGUUACUGGACGUAGCAGGACACCACUCCGUUUUUACUUUCAUUUAAAACAGGUGGAUAUUUUUAUAAAUGAGCUUUCAAUUGACGUGCUGCUUUAUUUGGUUGGGAAGUUAGACUUGAUGGGUCCAUAUGCUGUGAGAAACUCAGCUAUUUUUCCUAACUGCUGCAAGAUAGAGAACAACUCAAGGCUGGCACUUGUAUGUCAUUUUCAAAAUAAUGGGGAUGCAAUAGUUCCUGGGCAACAGUCAACUUCAGUUUUCUUGAGACACUUAAUAGUUGAUGAUAAUCGCCCACAUGAUCGGAGCGCGGUUUCUUUUUCUUUAUUCAAGGAAGGGGCAUUUUCAACUGCUCCAAUCAAUAUUUCUCUCCAUGAGCCUGGCAUCUUCGCAUGGAGAACCCUAGUAUCAUCUCUCAAAGAUUCAAGGCGCUUCUCUGGACCAUUUGUUGUGGUCAAGGUGUCCCAGAAUUCUGUGGAAGGUUUAUCCCUUUCAGUCGAACCUUUGUUGAGGAUAUAUAAUAAGAGUGACUUUCCUCUUGAACUUCGGUUUCAGAGGCCACAAAAAACUAAUGAAGAAGCAGCGUUUGUCACAGUUAGAUGUGGUGACAUGGUUGAUGAAUCUACUGGAGUAUUUGACGCGAUGGAUCUAUCUGGAGGACCCAAAAAAGCGUUGAUGGCUCUAGCUCUCGGAAAUUUUAUGCUGUCAAUUAGACCUGAGAUUUCCGAGCACUCUGAUCUUAGCCGUGAAACUAUAGUGCAGUGGUCCGAAGACAUAACCGGCGAAAAAGCAAUCCGCAUAUCUGGUGUCAUAGAUAAACUUAAUUAUAACCUAAGGAAAGCCUUCAGUAUUGAUUCCAUGAAGUCUUCUUUCAGCUCUUUGAGUUGCCCUGUUUCUAUUGAUGGUCAACACGUAACGGAUCUUCAUUUCUUAAUCCAUACUCUGGGUAGAGAUGUGCCUUUGCAGCCUACAAAUGGUUCACGUGUAUCUGGCAGAAGCGCAUCGGUGGCAUUACAGUUGCAGAGAGAAAUUUUUAUAUACCCGACUGUCCAAGUGUACAAUUUCUUGCAGACAGACAUACAUGUGCUUCUGACUGACUCCCAACCAGAGAAUAUCAGAGAAGAUAAUUAUGGUCUCGUCGGAAAGCAGGCAACGAUUACAAGUGGUUCAAGUGCUUACUUCUAUGUGAAUCCUGCCAUGUUCAAUUUUUCAGUCACACUAAUUUCAUAUGGUUCAAAGUCCAAGGUAGCUAAUAGUGGUGAUUGGGUGAAGAGAAUGCAAAAGCAGACAGCUCAGGCUCAAUUCCUUGAUCUGGAGUUAGAAUUUGGUCCUGGGAAGUUUCAUUCUUCUUUAAGAUUAUUGCGUCAAGAGAAAGGCUUGCUUGAGGUUGCUCUUUUCACAAGAUAUACAUUACAAAAUGCCAGUGACUACUCCUUGCUGUGCACAGCUUCCGAUCAAAAAUCACUACCUGCGUCUGUAACUGGAAAAGACAAUAUUAAUCUUCCUCCACAGAAUGGUUGUAUUUUGUCCUCGAUGUCAAUGAGCUCCUGGUUUACAAAGUCAAACAAACUGCGAAUAAGCCUGCAUGAAGAGAAAGGGUCAGAAGCUUUUAUUGAUUUAGAAGCAUUAUCUGGCUUCACUGAAUUUUUUCUGGAGAUCCAUGAUAGUGUAUUGCCCCAUCGUGUGGCAGCUUUUGGCAUGUCUUUACAACCUGUUAUUUAUGGCUUGCCUGUGUCAUCACAAGUCGUAUUAAUCGUGCCAAGAUAUGUUAUCUCAAAUGAGUCCGCUACUGCAGUUGCUGUUCGCCAAUGUCUUGUUCAGGAUGACAUGGAUGGAUUGACAAUUGAAGCUAAACAGAGGGCUACCUUACAGACAUGGAAACCUGGAAAAAAGCGAGAAGGAAACUACUUCGAUUUGUUUCUAAAGAAGCACAAAAAUAUAUCCGAGGAUUCACACAUAUUUAUCCAGUUUUCUCCAAAAGAAACAGGAUAUAGUUGGUCCGGACCAAUUUGUGUUUCAUCAAUUGGCCGUUUUUUCAUGAAAUUUAGAAGAUCAGAAGGCAUGGAAACAGAUGUUAUUAAAGGAGACACUUUACAAGAUGGGAAGCUGAAAAAGUUUGCUUCUGUUGAUAUUGUUCAAGAGAAUACGUCUUUUGUUCUACACUUCACUAAGCCACCAAAGGUUGCACUACCAUAUCGGGUAGAGAAUUGCUUGAAUGAAGCAUCUAUCAUGUAUUUCCAGAAGGAUUCAGAUGAAUCGGAUAUGUUACACCCUCAAGACUCGGAACAGUAUGCAUGGGAUGACUUGAGUUUACCCCGCAAGUUGGUUGUGCGCAUUGUUGAUACACCGGCACUGCGUGAAAUUAAAAUUGACAAAAUCAGUCCAUGGAAGCCAUUCCUGAAGAUGCGUCAAACUAGCAGGCUCAAUCUGGAUUUCUCGUUCAGUAAUGGACUCAGUUCAGGAAAACAAGGAUAUGAUGAUUCAUUUGGACUGAGGGUGUUUAAGAUAGGAUAUGAAGUGUAUGCCGAUGGUUUAACAAGAGUUCUACGGAUAUGUGAACAUGUAGAGAAUCCCAAAGCUGAGAAAGUCCAACGGCCUAUAGCACGUGCACAGUUCAGAAUUUCUUAUAUGUGUAUUCAUCUUCUUGAUAAGAGCCAGAGCGACGAAAGGCUCCAAUCACCUUCUACAAUAUUAACGGCAAGACUUCAGCAUUUAUCUGCUGAUUCAGUUAUCACAGAUAGAUACAAGCAUAUCUCUGUUGCAAUUUAUUCAUUAAAUGUGGAUGAAAAGUGGGAUGGAGCUUCCUUUGGGUCAGUUCUCAGGAUGAACAAACUUCAGGGUGAUGCUCUCAGUGAAAGUAUUCUUCGUAUAGUUUUUGUACUCAAUUCAACCAAUUCCAGUGUCAAACAAGUCCACUACUGUGCCAUAAUUCUACAGCCUAUUGAUUUGAAAGUUGAUGAGAGAACAUUAAUGAAGCUUGUACCAUUCUGGAGAACAUCCCUUGCUCCUACUGGUACACCGAGCACACAAUUUUAUUUUAGAAAAUUCGAAGUACAUCCAAUUAAGAUCAUUGCAAGCUUUCGUCCUGGAAGUCCACACACAUCUUACAGCUCUGCUCAAGAGGCUCUGAGUGCAUUGUUGCACAGCGUUAUAAAGGUGCCUGAGAUAAGUAAUUCAUCAGUGGAGCUCAAUGGUGUUCUCCUAAAUCAUGCUUUGGUUACAUUCCGUGAGCUAUUUCUAAAAUGUGCCCAGCACUAUUCAUGGUAUGCCCUGAGGGCAAUCUAUGUAACAAAGGGAAGCUUGCUGCUUCCUCCAUCUUUCGCCUCGAUCUUUGAUGACUCUGCUUCAUCUGUUCUUGAUGUUUUCUUUGACCCUUCUGAUGGUUCACUCAACCUUCCUGGUCUUACUAUAGGCAUGUUUAAGUUUAUAAGCAAAAAUAUGAAAUCAGGUGGAACAAAGCGGUACCUUGGUGAUCUUGGGAAAACUGUCAAAACUGCAAGUUCAAAUGCUCUCUUUGCUGCUAUCACGGAAGUUUCAGAUAACGUUGUAAAAGGAGCAGAAACAAAUGGUUUAAAUGGCAUGGUUACUGGCUUCCACAGAGGUAUCUUGAGGUUAGCAAUGGAGCCAUCUGUGUUAGGGCAGGCUAUAAUGGAGGGUGGUCCAGACAGAAAGAUCAAACUUGAUCGCAGCGCUGGACUUGAUGAGCUAUACAUCGAAGGGUACCUACAAGCUAUGCUGGAAGUCAUGUAUAAACAAGAAUACCUUCGUGUCAGGGUGGUUGAUGACCAGGUUUUCCUGAAAAAUCUACCACCAAAUAGUGCUCUCAUAAAUGAGAUUGUGGAAAAUGUGAAGAGCUUUCUUGUGAGCAAGGGAUUGUUGAAAGGAGAUGCUUCUACAGUUCGCUCUUGGCGCCGUUUGCGAAAUGAGCCUGAAUGGAAGAUUGCCCCGACGGUGAUCACCCUGUGCGAGCACCUGUUUGUGGGCUUCGCCGUGCGCGUGCUGCACCGGGAAGCCACCAAGGCCAUCGCCGAGAUCACGUCCAAAGUAAAGCAGUCAUCCACAGGUAGCGAAGGCGAAGCUGAAUCCUCGUCCAGCGAAGGAGCCCUGGUGAAGCGGGGCAGGCUGUGGACCGUGGGAAGGUUCGCGGCUUCAGGCGUGGUCGCCUAUGUCGACGGCCGGCUGUGCCGCCACAUACCCAACCCCAUCGCCAGGAGGAUCGUGAGCGGGUUCCUCCUGAGCUUCAUCGAGAGGAGAGACGACGAGUAGGCAGGCAGGCUGGUGAUCACCACCUUGUGCAGAUAGAUGAUACGUGGCCGCCAUGCGAGCCAGCUCUGUACAGCAAUUUUCCUGACACAAGAGAAAGCUUUGUACAGCAAUUUUCGCCCCCGCGUGUUAUAUCCACAUCUUUGUGCA